ACGAGAGCGGAGAGUGGCCGCGGGGCUUGACGGGACUUGUUAGAAUCUGCGGUCGCCAGUUGCUGCCUACGUUGCUAGCCGCAGCGUCGCGGUUACCAAGGAGUGGGUGGGAAAGGCUGUGGCAAGCGCCACGGUGGAGCGACUCCGAAAUUCCCGUGAGGCUCGCAGGCGUGCGUCCCGCCUGUCAGGGACGUCGCCUCAGCGGACGGUUCGGAGGCGGAAGCGACGCCGGAGGCAGGUAAAGAAGCAGGUAAAGAAACAAAAACAAAAGGAAAGCAAAGACUCGUUCCCGAGGUCAAAGAUCAAGGAGAUGGUGUCUUCAGGGAUGUACAAAAUGGACAAUGGCAAGCCUUACCUCAACAACUGCUUUCCAGCCAAAAGUCUCCUCCGGACACCGGAAGAAGGCCGAGGACACUGGUUAGUGGCUCGGAAAGGCAGCAUGAAGAAGGGUGUGGCUAAGGCAUCCACUGAAGGCCAGGAGAACCUGAAGAAGGUUUCUUUCGAGACUGGGUUGAAGAAAGUGUCUCGGCGGGAUAACCAGGCAGACAGUCUUGGACACGGACAUGUCUUGGACCGAGCUUUUCUGAUGAAGCACCACUGUGUAAGGAAGCCAUCAGACCUUUGCACCGUGAACGUGAGCGGCAUGAAGUUCUCCAAGGCAAAGGAAAAGGACUUCAAACAUUUCACUUCUGUGAUUUAUAUCAACGCCUCUGAAAACCUGCUGCCUCUAGAUGCUUUUCACACAUUUCCAACCCUAAAGGAACUGGAGCUUGCAUUCAAUGGCAUCAAGAUGGUCUAUGUGAAAUAUGGAGACUUCAAGACAUUGGAAUUCUUGGACCUUUCCUUCAACAGCCUGACUGAGGAGGCCAUCUGUGAUCUGGGGAUUCUGCCGCAUCUCCGUGUGCUUCUCCUCACAGGCAAUGGGCUCACCUCUCUGCCACCCAACAUGGCUGUUGCAGAACAGGAGGCAUCCAUGACAUCACUGACGAGCAAGAAGUACAUUCUGAGGUUCCCGGCCCUGGAGACCCUGAUGCUGGAUGACAACAAACUGUCCAAUCCCAGCUGCUUUGCCAGCCUGGCUGGGCUCAGGAGACUGAAGAAAUUGAGCCUGGACCAAAACAAGAUUUUCCGGAUCCCGUACCUACAACAGGUUCAGCUCCUUGAUGGAUCAUCAGGGGACUGGGUUACGGAGGGGCCGAAUGCCCAGAAAGAGCUACAGCCCCAGACGUGGAUAUUUGAGACCCCGGAUGAGCAGCCAAAUUAUACUGUACUGCCCAUGAAGAAGGACGUUGACCGCACAGAGGUGGUGUUCUCGUCUUACCCUGGAUUUUCGACCUCAGAGACAGCCAAGAUAUGUUCACUUCCUCCCAUAUUUGAGAUUCUUCCUGUGAAGUCACUGAAAGCAAGGAACCAGACGCUGGCCCCACCUUUCCCAGAGCUAAGAUACCUUAGCCUGGCCUACAACAAGAUCGCAAAGGAGGAUGCUGUCCUGCCAGCAGCUCUUUUCCCCUCUCUCUGUGAGCUUGUCUUCCACAACAACCCUCUGGUAGCGCAUACGCGAGGGAUCCCACCACUGCUAAAGAGCUUCCUCCAGGAGCGUCUGGGCAUCCGCUUAGUGCGGAGGAAACUGGUAAAAGCUAAACACCAUAUUCUGAUACCUCGGAAGGAAUCACGAAAGGUGAAAACCCACGUCCCCAAAGUGCCAAGGCAUUCUCUGGUCCCCCAUCACCUGAGCAUGACCACAGACAAGCCUCCCUCAAGUUUUAUGCAGGAGCCAGAAUUGGGAGCUGAGGAACUUCCCUCCACUGAAAACACCUCUCAUGAGGCACUGCUGGCUACUGAGGGCCCAGAAGGCCCUUCCCUAACUCACCGGACCUUUGUGCCAAUGCCUCCCAUCUGCUCCGACUCCACCGUACACAGUGAGGCCGUGUCCCAUCCAAGCCGUACAGCUGGCCUCUUGAGCCCAGACCACCCAUCAGAUGAUGAUGCCAAGAGUACGGAGUCCAUCUUCCUGACUCAGGUGAAUGAACUGCCAUCCUCAACCAUCCACAGGGAAAAGUUAGAGGCGAAGGAGAAUGUCCAAAAGAGACCACUAACUGCACCCAGAGAGGCAAAGAGGACCCGGCGGAAGCAGCCGUCUGCCCCUAUGUCCAACAAGUAUGAUGGCUAUGAGGAGCUGCUCACGGCCAAGCCUGAUCCUACCUUUGUGGAGCCGAAGGGCAUCCAGAAGAAUGCGCAGGCCCUGCACCGCAUGCUGAAGCAGCCGCUUGUCUGCCGUUCCUCCAAGCCCAGGCUGGACACUUUCCAGAAACCCUACAUACCCAAAGAGAAGCGGGCUGCGAGGAUACCAAUACCACCCCCACGGAAGACCAAAGCGCAGCUGCUGGAUGACAUCCUCAUUCGCAUGCGGGACCCUCGGAACGUCACUGAAGCUCCACUGGGCGCAGUGCUGCAGCGGCGCGCACAGCAGCGCCUGGUGAACCAGAAGCAAUACCGAGAGGCCAAGCGGCUGCUAAAGGAGUUCCGCGCUCGCUACAGGCAGCUGGUGCGCAGCUCACUUCGGACUGUGUUCACCGCCAGCCCGCCGCCCAGGCCGCCCACACGUCGCGCACUGAGCGCAGGCCAGCCCAAGUUGGGCCGCUUCCUCGAGUUCAUGGACGAGUUCUGCCAGGAGCCCACGGCCAGCGACUCGAAAGAGUAGAGCUUCACACCGCCCUCCCCAGAGGCUCUGUGCCCUGGACCGUGCCCUGCCCUGAACAGAGAGGGCUUGGGCUCCAUCUCGCUCCGUGGUCAGCAUGUGGAGCUCGGCAGGACCUCGCCUCCGAGCCCGGCCAAGCUACACCUGGUGGCUGGCCCAGCAGCAAUAAAGAGUGAUGCAUAGAGCAAUACAGUGGGCACCACGUAUUCUUGGAAGCCAGGUCAGGGCCACAGUGGUGGUGUCACUAAGGAAAAAUCUCCACUGAUUCCUGCAUCCCAGAGGGCUAUGAGAAACCCACCUGAGUCGCUCGUGACAGCUUCAAUAAGUGCGGAGACAGAGAAGUAGCACAGAAAGCUCAGAAGUGGGCUGUAGCCAGCAAGAGGCAGGGUACCAAAGCAGAGGACCCAAGCCAGGCAGACAGAUUUCCCGCGAGGAAGCUUUUUUCCAUUGUGAGCGUGAAAGAUGAUGGAAUGGUCCCUUUUGAGAUAAUGGCUGAUAGAAGGGGGAGGGGCUAGUUUCCCAGGGUCCUAUAAUCCAGGACACAAGCUGAAGACAGGAAUACAAACAUCUGGGCUGGGUGGGAACCUGGGCUGGGGUUGCUGCAUUCUUGGUGUGUGCCCAGUAGGCAGCACCUAACCCAGGAAGGUCUGGAGAAGUUCAGGAGGGCUAUGCUGUGUGGGACCUAAGACUUCUCUCCUGAGGACAGCUACUUCAGAUUGGGGCAUCAGACAGAGCUGCAGUCCCCAGGGUCGAAGAAUGCUUCUUAGCCUUCAGCAAGGUAGACACCCCAAAUCCAAAUCACAACCAUUUACACAUUAUUGAACUCAACUUCACAGGCAUGCAAAUAGCUAAAGUACUUACCCUAAGCUGCGAUCAUAGUCAAUGCCCAUGUGCAUGUACCUCACUAUGCAGGCCACACCAGGUGACAAAGUAGUUAGCUCAUUUGGAUGUCUGACAGAUACAGGUAUUGCAGGGACCCACAGCAGCAGCCACAUUCAGGGCAUUUGUGCUUGGCUUGCUAGACUGGACUUUCAGGAGUUUCUAAGUGUCUAUCUUUCCUUAGUUGUUAGGAGAAGCCACCCUGACAGUGACACUGUCAACCCACCAGGUUCCACUUGAGACCUUCCUAGACUGCUCCCUUCGCCAGAUGUGUUAUUGCCACAUAUUCUCAAGAAUGGACCCUACUACCUGCUUACCUACACACAUACUCUGUUCCAACCUAGCUUCUUCAGUCUUCCCCAGGAACAGAGCUGACUCUGAAGUUUUAAUGGUUAUGCUACACUGGACUAUGUAGCCUGACUGCCUAUGUCCCUCAGUUCCAGGUCUGCUCUCUGUACCCCCAUGGCAGCCCCUUAACCAGUGUGAGGGCAUUCCAAAGAGGGCACACUUGUCUGGGCCAAGCACCACCUUCUCUCCCUUGAACAAGCUGGUUGCCUCUCCUUGCUAAGUUUCCAAUCAUUCUGAGUUCCUUACUUUGGCUUCUUACCCCACAGGCUACUUUCAUAGAGAGCAAGUUCAAGCAUGAGCCCCCUUUUCCAUACAUGUAACAAAACGUUGACUGAACCCCAGCAGGAAGCCACUAUGUUGUACCCCAGCUCUGCUACUACUCUAGUAGGACUUGGUAAGAUGGCUCAUGGUUUUCCUUUUUUUCUUGUAUUUUCUGACAGAAUUUCAUGUAGCCCAGGAUGACCUUGAACUCCCGAUCCUGCUGUCUCCACAAACUCAAACUGAAUGGUCUAGUCACCCAGAACGCUAGUGAGCAAUCAGAACCCACAGAUGGAGAAGCAGACUAUGCUCACACCUGUCACCUGCCCAACCAGUUCCAGUCCAGACAGCAACUGGAGCCAUACUGUUCUCCAAGGCCAGUGGCAGAGGUUUGCACUGCAAGGUUAUCUGAGGCUACAGCAGUGCAAGAGGUAACCAGCAGCUUUGGGGUCAGAGGGCCCAGCACCUAGGCUCUGCACUGCCAGGGCUGGAGUUCCCAUCUGUAAAGGAGGACACCCACCAUACCUAGUUACAGGGGAAUUAACAGUGUGUUGAGCGUCUUGCUACUAUAGGGACCGAGUACUGUUUUCAAAUCUCCGCUGGCUUUUCAAAUCUCCCUUGAAGGCCUUGGGCCGAAGGUCUUCGAAGGUCCCACAUGGGCUUGCAGAGUCUUCCAGGUUCAUUUUCUGAGUUUAAGAGAAACAGGUUAACAUUUGUUCUAUGUUCAGUGAAAAACUCAUGUCAAAGGUAUUUUUUUUUUAUGACUUUCUGAGCAAUGGUUCCAAAGAAGAGUAUGUUUAACAAUCGUAUUUCUAAGUACAGCUGUAAGGGGCAAGGACGGUGGCAUCCCACAAGUCACUCUUUAUGCAAACUGUGUCUUCAGAGAAGUAGGGAUGGUCACAAGAGGUCAGGAAACUAAAUACUGUCCAUUAGAAUACAUCAAAAGGUAUAUUUAUUCCUUGUGGAGACCGCACCCCAGUGCCUUUCCAUCCCAGGCACCUCCCUGCC